GGUACAGAUAUGUGUAAUACAUUUUCGUACGUAAUAUAAAGGUUAAAGCACAUUGCUUGACUAUCUGUCAAAUACAAAUUAAAUCGAAUAUGUUGAUGGUUUUAAGUGAAUGUAUGGGGAAUUUUUCAAUGUUUACUUAGUUUAACAUUUUAAAUUAAAUGUACAUAUGUAAAUUGUUUAUUUUUAAAGGACAUUUUCCACAAUGAAUUGUUUACUUCCUAAGAAAUUCCAUAAUAUUUCAAAUUUAUUGUCACGAUUUCAACCUGUGGUUCUUAUACAAAAUUGCGGAUAUGUUAAUGAUAUUAUCCAAAUGAAUCAUGGACCAGCUGCUAUUCUAACUAAUAAAAUAGCAAGAGGAGAAUUAAUGAAAGAUGAACAUCAAAUGGAAGUUGCUAAAACAUUGGAAAAUAUUUAUAAUGAAAUAAAUGGGUAUAAGCCAGAAGAAUUUAGUCUGUUGGACAAAUGGCUUGGAAGAAAAAGAAAACAGCCACCAAAAGGAUUGUAUCUUUAUGGAGCAGUAGGUGGAGGUAAAACAAUGUUGAUGGAUCUUUUUUAUGAGUGUUGUCAGAUUGAGAAGAAGAGGAGAGUUCAUUUUUAUUCUUUCAUGGCUGAUGUACAUAGUAAAGUACAUGAAGUAAAAAAAACUAUUGUAAGAGAUACUGUCAGUACAAAACUCCAACCAUUUGACCCAAUACCACCAGUUGCCAAAACUAUUACUGAUGAAGCUUGGUUACUUUGUUUUGAUGAAUUUCAGGUAACUGAUAUUGCAGAUGCAAUGAUAUUAAAACGAUUAUUUACUGAACUCUUUGAUCGUGGUGUAAUAGUAUUUGCAACUAGUAAUAGAGCACCUGAUGAUUUAUAUAAGAAUGGAUUACAGAGAGGAAAUUUUGUUCCAUUUAUACAAGUAUUAAAAAAUUAUUGUAUAAUACAUUCUUUGGAUUCGGGUAUAGACUACAGGUUGAAAAACGGACUUAGUGAUGAAAAGAUCUACUUCAUAAAAGGGGAAGAUGCAGUAAGUGAUGUAGAUAAAGUAUUUAAAUACUUAUGCUCAAUGGAAAAUGAUAUUGUGAGACCGCGUAUUCUUUCUAUAAGAGGUCGUAACGUUAGUUUUGAAAGAACCUGUGGACAGGUAUUGGAUUCAACCUUUGAAGAGUUAUGUGAUAGACCCCUUGGAGCCAGUGAUUAUUUAAAGUUAAGUCAAAUAUUCCAUACGAUUAUCAUAAGAGAUGUACCACAAUUAGAUUUUCGAUUAAAAUCUCAAACUAGAAGAUUUAUUACCUUAAUUGAUUCAUUGUAUGACAACAAGGUGAGAGUUGUUAUAUCUGCAGCUGUACCACAUACGAAACUUUUUGUACCAGAAGGCGAUAGUGAAUAUACAGAUGAAAAACGAAUGUUAAUGGAUGAUUUAAAGAUAUCACGUGGUUCAGAUGAUUAUAAAUCGAAUCUUUUUACUGGAGAAGAAGAACUUUUUGCUUUCGAUCGAACUGUGUCACGACUUUCUGAAAUGCAAACUGCACAAUACUGGGAACAGUGGCAACAUUAUAGAUAAUAUUAAUUGAAAUUAACAAAGAAAUUUUACUAGUUCAUAUUGGUAACUUAUUCAUAUAAUUA